AGCGACUUCUCUUAGCUGUUCGAGGAACGUGUCAGUGCUUUGCUCGUGCUCUGGACAGUUUCAUAGUAUCAGUUGGAUCAUUCUACAGUGCAUUAUGUCGUCCCAGGUUGCCGAAGAACUAGGACCGAACGCGGUUAUAUGCUACUUCCCUUGGUUUCCAUACUAUCUUAGAUAUCAGGUUGGGUUUGCUACACUUGUCAACCCUCCUGAGACACAAGAGGAUCCUUCUGUGGCGGGUCAGUCUCAGCGCUUCAUCCACGUUCAGCUGUACUUCCCAGAUGGUUUUCCGUGUAAUCCUGCAAACUUUGAUGAAAUUCUACAUCACAUUUCGUUUGAAGACGGUGCGAUACACGUCUUGCUUCCUCAUCCUCAUUUCCAUCCACCAAUGUACCCAGAUUACCCACAUGCAGCCCUGCUAUUUUACCAUCACGUUCCUCUGGACUUCCAGAGAGCUGUUAUGUGGCAAGAACAACCUGAUGCUCGUUUGGUUGUAUAUAACGCAAGCAAUCAGCCUGGGGAAUUUAUGAUAAUUGAUGGUACACUGUACGAUGUCAUUCCUCAGUGUAAUGAAUAUAGUGAGUUUCAUAGCGAACCAGAACAUAUUCACAACCAACGACCACAAGGUGUUCCAAAACGCAAGCGUUCAAAGCAGUCCCACAAACAGUCUGGACGUUCACAUCAGCGUCCUUCAAACUCGGAAAUCACCAUUCAACCGGGCACAUCGUAUGGAGCUCAACGCCCAGCAAGUGAAAGUGUUGCCACAGACCCCAAAAACCAUCUGCAAAACCAAGAUAAGCCUACAAUAACUCAGCAGACAGCAGAGGAACAUCAACAUGGGUCACACGAAAGUGUGCAAGGAAUACAACACAAAAAUGAUAAUGUUGCAACACUUUCCACCCAGGCUAAUGUUGCCACCAGCACAGAGGAAAUAGAUCGCUUGGAUAUGGAUGGUCUGACUACUGAUGAAAAUAUCAUUCUUGAUGACGACUACGUACUUUUUGACAGCUACAUAUUUAUGAUUUUAAUAUUUGUGCUUUGCUUGUUCGAGUUACUGAGUUAAGAAACCGAAGUAAAAUGUUUAUGUCCAACAUCAAACAUAUGAAAAAGAAUUGCUAUGUUACUAUAAUUUCAACAGAGUGAAUCACUGUUCGAUGAAUAAGCUUAAUAUCGAAACUCAUAUUGGAGCUGUAACAGUAGUCAGAUUAUUUUUAUUGAACAGUUACUGUAGUU